CGUAUACUAACCGUAUCAAUUUCCAUCGCAAUUUUGGCAAACUUCAAUCCCAUAACAAGGUAAUUGCUUUCGACGCAAAUUUCAGCAAACGUCAUUUGAACCCCGGAGUUUAUGCAACAAGGAAUCGUGUUCACAGAUUUUAUGAAGAAAUAGAGAAUGAGUUAUAAAGACGAAGGAAUCAUAACAGUUCAAAAAUGUACGAACGACGAUGAAUGGGAAAAACUUCGAUACUGCUUUGAAAAAUCAUUUGAGAAUUAUCCUUUACACACGUAUUACAUGCCAGAAAUCUCGAAACGCGCAGAUUUUUUGAAACGAUACCUAAAUGCCUGCCACUCUGCAACAAAAAAGAAAGAAGGAAUAGUCAUGGCAAUUCAAAAAAACACUGAGAUUAUCGGUGGAUUUAUAUUUGAUCCAAUCCCCAGUUCGGAAAGUAGUUUUGUUUUGGAUUCCGAGAGAUUUACAGAAGCCUAUCUGGAAAACAACAUAGAUCAUCAUUACCCUGAAAGUUUCUCGAGAAUUAAAAGGUAUGAAAGAUGGGAGGAUCAAACAAUAUUGGAAUUAUUCAGGAAGCGUUCGUUAAAGCUGCAGUGGGAAGGUAUGUUUUGUGCAAUUGACCCAAGUUAUCGGGGAGGUGGCAUCGGUUCAAUAUUGACAAACACGAAUCCGUUUGCUAAUGAAAACAUCAGUGUUACAUCAGGCACAAAUUGCAUAAGCGAAACAAGCAAUGCCGCAGAAUUAUUGCUCAAAGCAGACGGACAAAUAAUUGACAUAAACGGCAUAAGAGAAGAAAAAGAUCCAAGACGCAAACUUGUGCCAAUUUUGAUCAUUUGCCACGACCGUCAAUCAGUCGGAUUCAUGCUUAAAAACCGUUGUCAGCUGAUUGCAGAAAAGACUUACAAAGACGAUAUUGAAACUUCUGUGCUACAAUUUCCAGUUUAUUUUUUUAAAGGAGAAAUUAUUGUAGAAAACUACAAAUUGUAAAAACAAAGCAAUAGACUUCACACACACAGGAGCUGAUCUAGUGUCAGUUUUAUCAUUUAAUUUUGGACUAUUAUUCUUUUCUAGU